CAAAGAACCUGUUUCUCCUUUCUUUCCAUAUAAAUUUACCAUGAGAAUCAAACAGAGAAGGGAUUCAUUUAUAAAGCAGUAAAUCAGAAUAGUGCUAAUACGACAUGGCUUCAAAUGCAGGUAUGCGUAUUGGGAUUUUCAGGCGCUUCAAACCUCAUAUUCUUAUGGUCCUGGCUCAGGUUUGCUACACAAUCAUGUAUAUCAUAACAGAAGCUUCCUUCAACCACGGGAUGAAUCCUUUCGUCUAUGUUACUUACAGACAUAUACUUGCCGGUUUAGUGAUGCUACCUUUUGCCUAUUUUCUUGAAAGAAAUAUGCGGCCAAAGCUGACUCUGGCUCUAUUCCUGGAGAUUUCUUUACUUUCCCUUCUCGGGGUGAGUUUAACCUUAAAUAUGUAUUUUACAAGCUUGAAGUACACCUCUCCUACUCUACUUUCAUGCAUGGUCAACACUAUAGCUUCCCUGACAUUUAUUCUGGCAGUUAUACUCAGGCUGGAGUUAGUAAAUACUCGCAGGCUUCGUGGGAUUGCAAAAAUUAUCGGAACAGUUUUAUCCUUGGCUGGUGUGAUGACCAUGACACUGUACAAGGGACCUGUUCUGAAAAACCUGGGGCAUACGCUCAUACAUAUCAGGGGAAGCACAACAGUUAUCCAUGAGCACUGGUUGAAGGGCUCUCUUCUUACUAUAGCAAGCUGCAUCACAUGGUCAAUAUGGUACAUAAUGCAGGUCUCAAUCCAAAAUCUAACUUAAACUGUA